AUGGCAUCUUCGUCGUCCAACGUUGUUGGAGUUCAUUAUAGAGUGGGGAAGAAGAUUGGUGAAGGGUCUUUUGGUGUUAUCUUCGAGGGUACAAACCUCUUGAAUAACCAGCAGGUGGCUAUCAAGUUUGAACCACGCAAGAGCGAUGCUCCUCAACUGCGUGAUGAGUACCGGACAUACAAGAUCUUGGUCGGAUGCCCUGGCAUUCCCAACGUCUACUACUUUGGCCAGGAAGGGUUGCACAACAUCUUGGUCAUUGAUCUCCUUGGUCCUAGUCUUGAAGACCUCUUCGACCAUUGCAAUCGUCGGUUCACUGUUAAGACCGUAGUGAUGGUCGCCAAGCAGAUGCUUUCGCGUGUCCAAACAAUCCACGAAAAGAAUCUGAUCUAUCGCGAUAUCAAGCCGGACAACUUCCUCAUCGGACGACCGGGAACCAAGGCUGCCAAUGUGAUUCACGUCGUCGACUUUGGCAUGGCCAAGCAAUACAGAGAUCCCAAAACCAAGCAGCACAUCCCCUAUCGUGAACGGAAAUCGCUGUCCGGUACAGCACGUUACAUGAGUAUCAACACCCAUCUGGGACGGGAACAAUCACGACGGGAUGAUUUGGAAGCUCUGGGCCACGUCUUCCUUUACUUCUUACGAGGUGGCCUUCCCUGGCAGGGACUGAAGGCAGCUACCAACAAACAAAAGUACGAGAAGAUCGGAGAAAAGAAGCAAACAACUGCCAUCAAAGAUCUCUGCGAAGGAUACCCAGAGGAAUUUAACAAAUACCUUACCUACGUCCGCAACCUUGGUUUCGAAGACACCCCCGACUACGACUACCUGAGGGACUUGCUCACCCAAGCUCUUAAGAACGCUGGCGAAGUGGAGGAUGGAGAGUAUGACUGGAUGAAACUGAACGGCGGCAGGGGCUGGGAAUACAAGGCAUAUUCGUCCCAGCAGCACCUGCAGCACAAUCUUCCUAAUUCGUCCGCCCGCGAGCUCCAUGGACAGCAGCUCCGCGGCAGCCAGAGGCCUGGUGUUACUGCAGACCGUUUAAACGCCGCGCAGCCCCCGCCCCCAUCUCCAGCGAAACCCGGAGCUGGGAAGACGCGCGACCGGCCAAGCGCCUCCGGCGGAAUGCCGCCGAAACGUCAGAGCGGGGGUUUGGAAGCGACAACACCGACGGCAUCGACCCAGGCGCAGUUCCAGAACUCGAACGCGAACCUGUCCGGUCGCUUGGGAAGUCCGGCGAAUCCCACGAAGAACAGCCAACAAGGCCAGGGCACUCAGGGCAAUGACCCGCAGCCAACUUUCGUCCAAAAACUGAUGAAAGUGCUGUGCUGCGGUAGGUGA